AUGGAAAGACUUAAAUCUCUUAAGAGUAUCCAUCAAAUUCCCAUUAUUGCCAUCCUAGAGCCUUUUUCUGAUAGCAUUCAGAUUCAGUACUUCAGAAAUCAACUCAACAUGGACCAUGCUAUUAGUAAUCCAAAUGGUAAGAUUUGGCUUUUUUGGACCAAGGAUGUAGACUGCAGGAUAUUGGAAAAUGAGGAGCAGUUGAUUACUUGUGAAUUUAAUCAUGUAAUGAAUCCAAAUCAGUUCAUAGUUACCUUUGUAUAUGCAAAAUGCAAAGAUCAUCUCAGAAGACCUCUGUGGGAUAGCAUGCUACAACAGUCAGCCACCUCCCUUCCAUGGUGCACAUUAGGUGAUUUCAAUGUUAUCACAGACCCUCAAGAAAAGUUGGGAGGUGUCACUUACAAUAUGAAAAAGAGCCUUGAGUUCAUCAGCAUCAUAGAAGCCUGUGGACUACAAGAUCUUGGGUUUUGUGGUCAGAGAUACACUUGGUCUAAUCUAAGGGGUAUAAUGUUCAAAAUCUGGAAGAGACUUGACAGAGGAAUGGUCAACGAUAAGUGGCUAGAGAUGAUGUCUCAGACUACCAUUACUCAUCUACCCUCUGUGGGUUCAGAUCACUGCCCCUUACUGCUGGAGAUGACUGAUCAAAACCAACAACACACCAAAUAUUUCAAAUUCCUUAACUGCUGGACAGAACAACCAUCUUUCUUGGAUACUGUUAGUAAUUGCUGGAACAGGACCAUGGAGGGUAAUCCAAUGUGGUGUUUCCAUCAGAAAAUAAAGAGGUUGGCAGCCACUCUUAGUACUUGGUCCAGAUUGCAAUUUGGUGAUAUAUAUGCCAAAGUUAAAGAAUAUGAAGACAAGACUAGACAUGCAGAGGAAGAGCUAAUCUCUAGUAAUUCUGAAGAGAACAAAACAAAGCUCCAUGCCAUCAAUGCAGAGUAUAUAAAAUACCUGAAACUGGAGGAAUCCAUGCUAAAGCAAAAAACUCAGUUGCAUUGGUUCAAAGAGGGUGAUGUGAAUUCCAAGUAUUUUCAUGCCUUGAUAAGAGGAAGGAGGAGGAAAUUAUACAUCCAUAAGAUCCAGAAUGAGGAUGAUAAUUGGGUACAAGGUGAAGAAAACAUAGCCAAAGCUGCAUGUGAACACUUCCAAGCCAUUUUCACUGGUGAGGAGACACAAAUUCAGGAGCAUACCCUCCAAUGUAUUCCCAGGAUGGUCACUGAUGAGCAUAACAGAAACCUGAAAGCUAUCCCUACAAUUGAGGAGUUGAGAACUGUAGUGUUUUUAAUGAAUCCCAAUUCAGCUGCUGGACCUGAUGGAAUGAAUGGCAAGCAUGGAUUCUUUCAUUCCACAAGAGGCCUUAAGCAAGGGGAUCCAUUAUCACCAGCUUUGUUUAUCAUAGGUGCUGAAGUCCUCUCCAGGCUCAUGAACAACCUUCGUCAACACCCCCAAUAUCAUGGUUUCCUGAUGGCUAAAAAGGGCCCUCAAAUUAAUCAUCUUAGUUUUGCAGAUGACAUCAUCAUAUUCUCAUCUGGAAGAUCUCAUACCUUGAAGCUUAUCAUGGAGACACUACAUACCUAUGAGCAUGCUUCAGGCCAAUUGAUCAAUAGAGACAAGAGUAACUUCAUGGUACCCUCAAAUGCCUUCAACUCUACUGUUAGAAGAAUCAAGAAAGUUACAGGCUUCAAGCAAAAGAACAGCCCUAUCACAUAUCUGGGGUGUCCUCUUUACAUUGGUAGACAGAGGAUCAUCUAUUAUUCUGAGCUUAUAGCUAAAGUUGUGGCUAGGAUAGCUGGAUGGCAGGCAAAAUUAAUUAGCUAUGGAGAAAGAGUUACUUUGAUUAAGCAUGUCAUCCAAGCACUUCCUAUUCACUUGUUAUCUGCUAGUUCCCCUCCUGCAACCACUAUCAAGCAAAUUCAAAGCAUCACAGCCAAUUUCUUCUGGGGGUGGAAGAAUGAAAGGAGGAAAUAUCAUUGGUCUUCUUGGAAGAAUCUGAGUUAUCCCUAUGAAGAGGGUGGUAUUGGAGUGAGACUAAUAUCAGAUGUUGCCAAGUCUUUCCAAUACAAACAAUGGUGGAUAUUCAGAACUAAGAAUUCCUUAUGGAGUGAGUUCCUCAAAGCUAAGUACUGUCAGAGGUCAAAUCCUAUAACCAAAAAAUGGCACACAGGACAGUCUCUGAUAUGGAAGCACCUCAUGAAGAACAAGCACAAUGUUGAGCCUCAUAUCCAAUGGCAGAUACAGUCUGGUUCUUGCCUCUUUUGGUGGGAUAAUUGGUUAGGAGUUGGCCCCUUAGUUAAUUUCAGGUCAGCUAGUAGUAGACAGAACAAUACUAAGGUGUCUUCUUUCAUGAUUAAUGGUCAAUGGAAUGUAGAACUGGUCUCUCAGAAAACACCUCCUCAGUUUGUACCUAGCAUCCUGGCAAGUAACAUCAACUAUCAGCCCCACAAACUUGAUCAGGCCUCUUGGAAGCCUAAUAGCAGUGGGGAAUUUAGUUGUUCUUCUGCCUGGGAACUUAUCAGGGACAAAAGGAGUAAGACAAGAAUUAACUCUCAAACAUGGCACAAACACAUUCCUUUUAAGUGUUCCUUCCUACUCUGGAGAGCACUUAGAGGGAAACUACCUACUAAUGAAAAACUUAUCAGCUUUGGAGAAGCCCCAGCCCAAUGUUACUGUUGCCAUAGAGCUGGUUUGGAUACCAUUGACCAUAUAUUUGUUUCUGGAAACUUUGCCAGGAAGAGGAAACCUUCAGCUCACAUGGUGAAGCUGAACACUGAUGGUAGUGCACUUCACAACCCUGGAAAAAUAGGAGGGGGAGGAUUGCUAAGGAACAAUCAAGGAGAUCUUCUCUUUGCUUUCUCAACCCCUUUUGGAGAAGGUACAAACAACCAAUCUGAAAUAUUGGCAGCCAUCUUUGGUUUGACUUGGUGUCUCCAAUUAGGAUAUACUAAAGUGAUCCUUGAAGUGGACUCUGAGCUAGUAAUCAGAUGGAUAAAACACCUAGCUCAACCACCAUGGACUGUCAGAACACAACUCCAACAGCUGCAGGACAUCAGUCAUCAAUUCCAGGUUUUCAAAUGCAGCCACACUUACAGAGAAGCCAAUUUUACAGCUGAUGUUUUGUCCAAACAUAGCCACAAAUGCACUACUCCACAGAUAUAUCUCAAUAAACAAGAGCUUCUCAAAGAGGCAAGAGCUUACUUUGAGCUUGACAAACUGGAAAUGGCCAACUUCAGAAGAAGAAGGCUUAAGAGAAUCAAGAAGCCACCAUGA